GUCUCUAAUAAUCUAUCUAAAUAUGUAAAUAAAUGAUUUCUUCUGUUAGGUGGUAAUUCAGAAGCUGCAAUCGUUGAGCUCAAUCGCCAUGGCCAUCGAUAUCGCAACCUUGGAAGAAAGGUAUAUUAAUUCUUGCCGGAAGCAUGGUGUCCUACCUAAUACUGCGAUUUUGUCUGGUCUAUUCAAGGCUGAGGUUAAAAAAUCCCGCCAUGAGCCAUGUAGCCUGGAAAUUUUCUUGGACCAUCUUAAGGAUAUUGAUUUUCAUCCACUUCUUGAUACAUUUAUGGAACUUGAUGCUUCAGAGAUUCAAGCGGUUGAUGUACGUAAUGAAUCGUCAUGUGAGUUUAAUGGGGAAUGUGCUUUGUCCUUGAUGCGUGCCAUCAAUCAAAAGCUUCGACGAGUUGAUCUCCAGGAUCUGUCAUUUGGAAAGGAGUUCUUGCGGGAUCUCUCUAAGAAAGGCUUAUCAUGCCAAGUCUUAACCUUGAGGUCUUCACACUUCCGGAAGCUCAACAUGAUGGGGGAGUUCAUGCGGAUACACACCCUUAACCUUGACUUCAGUACCUCACUUACUAGUUUCAGGGAGGAUUGUUUCUCUUGCAUGCCCAAUUUAACAUGCCUCUCAAUGUGUGAGACAAGAAUUACAAAUCUUUGGACAACCAUUGCGGCACUUUCUAAACUCCCUUCUUUGGUUGAACUUCGGUUUCAGAAUUGGCUGUGUUGCAAUGAUGCAGGGCCUUCUGCCGCAUCAUCUGAUGGGAGAUCAGAUAAAAAAACUGAUGUCGGUCAGCCAAAGAGUGCUCCUUACAUUGGAGCAUCAUCUAUCGAAAUUGGCAUGCUCGCAAAUUAUAACUCAAGCAUGGAUGAGGCUCUUGAGAAUUUGUUUUCGCUUGAUGAUGUGGUUAUAAAUGACGAAGUUCAAAGCAUGAUUGAGGAUUCAUCAGACGAUGAUAGUGAUGUAGAUUUUUCGAGUCACCAGAAAGAAUAUGGUUAUAGUGAGCUAUUAUCUAAUGUUUUCCCUAGGUUGAAUGGACAUGUUGAUCAGCAGAAUGAGGUUUCUUUUGAUGCAUUAUACAACCAAAAUGGAGAAGAGUCUUUGGCAGGCGCCUUUACUAGGCAAAUUGCAGAUGUUUCUUUGAAGUUUAUUUCUUGUCAUGCUUCGCCGAUAUGCUUUGAGAAACACUAUAGAGAGUACAUGAUAGCUUCAUUACCCCAUUUGAAAGUUUUAGAUAACUUGCCUAUAAGAAAGAUUGAUAGGGAAAGGGCUACAGUUACCUUUUCACAAUACUUUGAGUAUCUACCCUACAAAAGGAAGCAUAAAGAGAGUGUUGUUAGUAUCUUACAAAAGCGUGAAAUAAGAGCAAGCCACAAUCAUGUGCGAACUCCGAAGCAAAAGUCAUCUUGUACCUCUGGAAAGUCAAAAUAUUUUUAUACUAGGUCUCUUUGUGCUGCCAAAGUUGGGUCUUCUGCUUGGCCUUUCUUGCAUCCACUUUCAAUUUCAAGCAAUGUUUUGGGAGAUGAAGGGAUGAACUUUCGUCCUAGGCAGUUUGAGUAUCAUCCAUCUGAUUCUAGCCUAAUGGUCUUUGGAACUUUGGAUGGUGAAGUAGUUGUAAUCAACCAUGAGAAAGAACAAAUUGUUAAUUAUAUCCCAUCACUUGGUGCAAUGAACAGUGUGUUGGGACUCUGUUGGCUCAAGAAGUAUCCCUCCAAGCUCAUAGCUGGUUCGGAUAAUGGUUCAUUGAAAUUGUAUGAUAUCCAACAUACGACACCAAGAACUAUGGGCAUAUAUAAUAGUGCUGGUUGUGUCACCUUUGAUGAGUUCGACCAAUUGACGUCUGUUCAUGUUAACUCUACGGAUGAACUUUUUCUUGCAAGUGGAUACUCAAGGAAUGUUGCAUUGUAUGACAUAAGUUGUGGAAGGCGCUUAGAGGUGUUCUCUGAUAUGCAUCGGGAGCAUAUUAAUGUAGUGAAGUUUGCUAACUAUUCCCCAUCAGUUUUUGUUACUUCUUCCUUUGAUCAAGAUGUCAAGAUGUGGGACUUAAGACAAAAACCAAUAUCACCUUGCUAUACUGCUUCAAGCUCUAGGGGCAAUGUGAUGGUUUGCUUUUCUCCAGAUGAUCACUAUCUGCUAGUGUCAGCUGUUGACAAUGAGGUUAGACAACUUCUGGCUGUUGAUGGGAGGCUCCACUUGAAGUUUGAGAUAGCUUCUACAGAAAGCUCUCAGAACUACACUCGUUCCUAUUACAUGAAUGGAAGGGACUAUAUUAUAAGUGGGAGUUCUGAUGAACAUGUAGCCCGCAUUUGCUGUGCUCAAACUGGAAGGCGUCUCAAGGAUCUUUCUUUGGAGGGAAGUGGUUCAGGUUCUAUGUUUGUGCAAUCUUUGAGGGGUGAUCCUUUCAGAGAUUUCAACAUGAGUAUCUUAGCAGCCUAUAUGCGUCCAGGCUCAAAGUCUGAGAUUGUCAAGGUCAAUAUGCUAGCGUCAAAUGACUAUAACAAGGAGCACUCUUACCGCCGGCACUCCUGCACAUCCAACAGUAUGGGAGGUUGAUGUAUCUACAUCCUUUUGUACGGGUUCUCUUCGUUUACAUUUAUACGGUAAUCAAGACCAUUCAUCAAUGAUUGUUGGGCACCCGCCACCUUAACAGAUGGGUUCAACCAGCUUUGUACUCCUGAGAAAGGCAAAGAUAUGUAGUCAAUGAUUGUUGUACUCACUAGCCUUCUCAUUUUUUUUACUGUAGACGUGUAUUCAACAAUUUGUGUACCUUGUAAAUGGAAUAAUCUUAAAGAAAAGCAGAGACUAGGGAAAAUGACAGAUAGCUGUAUUCUCAUCCGGUUGUUGAUGGAUGCGUGCAAUGGUGAUUGCAGUGUUAGUACAAGGUAUGUUCUAGAGCUGUUGUAAUUUAAGGUGGAUGAAAUGUGUACAGGAUUCAUAUUGGGAUAUCCAUGUAGCAAUUUGGGUAGAACAUUGUGAGACUGAGAGUCUAUAUAAGACCUAUUUGCCCAAAUAAAUUUUGAUUAUCCGGCCA